AAAAUGUCGUCGCUUAAAGUUCGCGAUUCCGCUUUAAAAGCAAUAAAACGCUAUUUGCAAUCGAGGAAAUCUGAUGAGCUUUCAGUCGACGUAGAGGUUGUAUCUACGUACUUACAGUUGUUGGAGGAAAAAAGGGGACGGUUUUGUGAAGCCCAACAAGAGGUAGAGCUCUCGUGCGGCGAAGAAAACGUCGAGAUGGAGGAGCAAUCUCGCAUUCAAGGCGAGCAGUGGUAUGCUAUCGCCAAGGCGAAUUUUAAACGCCUUACUGCUCCGCUCAAGAUACCUACUCCUCAAGCCACUCAAACUACGCCAGCACCUAUGCCGCUUCCGAAGCUGCAGCUACCAUCAUUUAGUGGCGAUCCCACCGAAUGGCUCACCUUUCAUGACGCCUUUUGUUCGCUCGUCAAUUCCAAUGCAAGUCUGACGGACGGACAGAACAUACACAGCCCGAUUCUGAAUAUUCUCCAGAAUUUUUUUCCCAAAAAAAAAAAUCCUCCUAUUCCAUACUUACCGGGAAAAGCAGAAUUAGGGAAAAGAACUUCGAAUUUUCGAAAUCAGCUGUUUGCUCGCUUUUGACAUUUCAAAUCAAAUGUAAAUAUCAACUGCGUUUACAAAAAUUCUCGUAAAAGUGUAAAUUUUCGAUAAAAAAAACAUGUUUAGCAUUGCUUUCCGGCUUUUAAUGCACGAAGAGGAGCAAGAAAUGGUUCCACCAAAAGUAGCAAGAAGAAAUUUGCGUGACCAGGCGAAUCCGCUAGAAUUGCCGGACUCCUUAUUUGUGAAAUAUUAUAGGGUAAAUAAGGCCGCGUUUCAAUAUUUGUUGGAAGUUUUGACGACGCACGUUCUGCCAGCCAAAAAACAGUUCGCCGUUUCCCCCAUAGUAAAGCUGAGUGGAGUAUUGCGCUUCUUUGCUGAAGGUGGCUACCAAACGGGAGUCGGUAAGGACCACGACGUUUCCGUAGCACAGUCUAGUUUAAGCAAAAUUCUUACUGAAGUGCUGGAAAUCUUUGAGAAGCAUCUGUGCCCAAAGUGGAUUCAAGUAGCAAAGACAGCCGAAGAAAAAAGAAAAAUUGCCCAAGCUUUAUAUGUAAGGCAUGGCUUUCCCGGUGUAAUGGGAUGCAUUGAUGGAACGCAUGUGCGAAUCAUAGCACCCACUGAAAAUAAACAUCUUUACUAUAAUAGAAAGGGAAAUUACAGUUUAAAUGUGAUGCUUCUCUGCGAUCAUGAACUAAAAGUCCGCUACGUGGAUGCAUCCCACCCCGGUGCUUCCCACGAUUCCUUUAUUUGGAAUACAAGCGAUUUAAGAGCACACUUUGAGCAGGAUUACUUGCGAGGAGUAACCAACUUUUGGCUACUAGGAGAUGCUGGUUACCCUUUAGAGCCAUGGCUCUUGACACCACACAGGGUUCCAAACGAAGGCUCUACUGAAAGUAGAUUUAAUGAAGUGCACUCGAAGUGCCGCAACGUAAUUGAACGCACAAAUGGUGUGUUAAAGGGUAGAUGGAGGUGUCUUCUCGGUGCGAGAGAGCUCCAUUACACUCCAAAGAAGGCGGCAAAAAUUGUCAAUGUUUGUUGUGCAAUACACAACAUUUGUAUACAUUACAAAGCAGAUUUCAUUGCAAAUUAUGAACCGACAAUGGACGAUUGCAGUGACCUCAGCGAGCAAAACGCUUUAACACAACCGCAGUAUAUAAAUGCAGCGCAGAGAGUACGAAGCGAUAUCGGGCUGAACUUAUAGAAUUCUGCGAAAAAAUUCCACAUAAAUUUAAACAGUAAGGUAGCGCUAGCUGCUGGGGCUAUCGGCUAUGUAUUUUUUAAUAAAAUUAAUUAAAAAUAAACAAUUAAAUGAAAUUGGAAAACAAAUGAAUAAAAUAAAUGAAAAUACGAUUUUUAUAAUGCAAAAGCAAUAAGAACCAUUUUUAUUAUAAAUAGUUUUUUAAUAAAAAGAACAAAAACAACAAAUUCAGUCCUUAACAAAGUACAUAUUUAUGUACAUAGUACAUAGUAGUGUGUACCUGUGUAUAUUAAACAUUAAAUAACCACAGGAAAUAUAACCAAAACUGGUCAAAAUAAAAA